CUGACAACGUUGCAUUUACUCCAACGACUGUGUUUAUGGACAUAGUGCGAUCUCCAGUCUUAGUUUCAGCAUCUCCAAUCGCAGUACUAACAGUUGGUACUUCAGUAAAUCCCUGGAAAGACGGUUUAACGUCACCAGGCAGGAUGAAGUUCCUUCAUUUAGCGGUUUUGGUCAUUUUCGCCUUUUUGGUAACCGACACUUUAGCAGAAGUCAAAAUAAGGAAACACAAGAAAUACAGGAGAAUACACAAACCGGCAAACACGGAAAAACCUCAAGUGGAAAGUGAAAAUAGUCAGCAAACUGUGGAAAGUGAGGAAAAAGUGGAAAAUGCACGACCUCCAAUGGCUGCAGGUGAAGAUGUAGUUGAAAACAAAGUUCCAAUGAUAGAUCCUUGUCUCGAUGUUCAAUGCGGAGCUGGUAUGGUUUGCGAGUUGGACAAACAGGGGGAACCUCAAUGCGUUUGCAUUGAAGCUUGUCCUGAAGAGACCGAAACCAGACGAAAAGUUUGUUCAAACAGCAACGAAACUUGGUCCUCAGAUUGUGCUGUUUAUCAGCAAAGAUGCUGGUGCCGUAAUAAUGACCCCAAAUGCAAAGGGGAACAAUACAAACAUAUUCACAUCGAGUACUAUGGCGUAUGUAGGGAAAUGCCGAAAUGUAGCGACGAUGAAAUGGCCGACUUUCCACGCCGUAUGCGCGAUUGGCUUUUCAACGUGAUGCGCGAUCUCGCCGACCGUAGAGAACUCUCACCAAAGUUCUUAGAAAUGGAGAAAGACGCUGAAUCUAACAUGACAAGGAGGUGGACCAAUGCUGCCAUGUGGAAGUUCUGCGAUUUAGAUGGUCAUCCACCAGACAGGUAUGUUUCAAGGCAUGAGCUGUUCCCUAUUAGAGCUCCCUUGAUGGCCCUGGAACAUUGUAUCGCUCCAUUCUUGAAUUCUUGUGACUCUGACGACGAUCACAGGAUCACAUUGAAGGAAUGGGCCAAAUGUCUGGAACUAGAUGAGGAAGAAAUUGAAGACAAAUGUGACGAUUUGGUCUCUACAGAAGAAGAGUGAAAAUACCUCCCCAAAAAACACUUACUUGUACAUUCUAAUGUAAUUACUUAAGCUUAUUUCUCGUUUAGUUUAAAUAACUGUAAUAAUAACUUACCUAAUGCGGAAUACAAUGGUGCUAAUAUGUAGAUUUCCUAUAUUCAAACUUUGUUUUGUUUUUACCAAAACUGACGAAAACAAUCUAAGUCAUUAUUUUAGCUUAUAUUCUUUUCGGUAAUAGCUUUAAACUUGCCUUAAUAUACCGUAUGAUCGAUAAAAAAGACGGUGUCAAGUUGGUUUGGAAAUGCCCAUCAAUGUCACUUCUAAGCCAACUCUGACGCCGUUUUUUUUCAAUUGUAUGGUAUGUAUUUAUAAGUAAACGUUUAAUACUUAACAAUUUUUUAAUAUUAUCCAAAAACACUGCCUUUAGUUUUGUAACAUUUGCAAAAAAGUAAUUGUGCAAAUAAAAUGGUAUUUUUAUGAUAAAA